GUACAAACGGCGAGAACGCCCAAAUUUUAGAACAAUCUGCGAAACAUCCAUGACUUUGGCCUCGUGGGGCGCGCACGGGAGUGCUCUUGGAGGCGUCCGGGGGCGUCCUGGGCAGUCUGGAGGACGUGAAGGCGUCUUGGACCGAUCUUUUGGCGAUCAGGGACCCCCUCGGACCGUCUCGGCGGCCUCUUGGGACACUCUUGGCCUUUCUGGGUACGGCGAGGCGCCUCCCAGGGAAGGGCCCAAGUCGUCCGAGGCUUGGUUUUUCGAUCCUCCUCUCCUCGGCCCUCUCUGCUCUUCCUCCUCGUUGCUCCCUCGACCUCCCUCCGCUCGAAGCUCGAAGGCUGAGCUACAUCAGCGUGAACGGUGUCCUUGCCACGACGGACUGCUUCCCGAUGGUGAGCGGGUGCAACGCGAGCACCCAGAGGCGCACGUUCUCGUGCCUGUCGGACAUGAGCCUGGACAACAUCAUUGGGCAGGACGGCGCCCUGACCGUCGAGAGCCAGAUCUCGGAGACGGUGGACGAGUGCCCGUACAAUGGCAACCUCCUGUCUGGCGUGCCAACCGUGACCUGCCUGGUGUCCGACAAGAAGUCGCCGCCGCCGCAGAUGGUCGUGGCCGGCGCAGCGCCGGUGCUGCCCACCUCGCCGGGCAUCCCGCCGGAGAUGGCCAAGCCGUACAUCACCGCGACGGUUCCGCUCAGGUGUCCAGAACGCGGCUGCACGGCCCUCGCCGACGUCGAGCUCGCCAUCGCCCUGGUACCCGUCAAGACGUGCCUGAUGGACGUCGUCAUCUUUCAGACCGACUUCGACGGUCUGGAGGGCACGGACGAGCUCGUCGAGUUCAUCCAGGUGGGUUCCGGCAACAAGAGCAAGACAUUGGCAGAGAACGUGAAGCCUGGCGGGAACCCCUGCCGGCAGAUGUGGAGAGACGGGACCACCCGCACCGAGGCAGAGACGGAGUACCACGCGCUGGUGGAGCAGGACGUGACCGAGGACGCGCUGGGCGGCGUGCUGCGAGUCGUGGCGAAGAUUUCGGACAGCGUGGACGAGUGCGCUCACAACGGGUACCUCCUCAACGGCUACGUGACGGUCAACUGCACCGUCGGCGACACGGCGUGAGGGCGCCGUCUCCCCGCAUCCCCCGCCGUCCCCGUCUUGUUUCCCCGCCCUCCGUCCCUUUCCUCCGUCCCCUUUGGACUCCCUUCCCG